AUGUAUCCGAUCUGGAAAGAUGGAGACCCAAGAUACAAAGACUCCUGGAAAGGUGGAAGAGUGACUUUCAAUGUUGGGAACGAUUCACCGACUCUGACGGCUGCCAAAGUUACUUUUACCAUCGACUUGCAGUUCCCACACAACCAGAAAGUGCAGCCUGAUGGAGACGUCGUUUGGGCCGAAGACUGCGUCGUCAACGGAACAAAGUACCGUGAGUCGGAGCCAGUGUACCCAGCUCAGGACACUGACUGGGAGGCUGUUUUUCCCGAUGGGACCCUAAUAAAGAAGGACAAGAAGCCGGCGUACGUGUUUGUGUGGAAGACCUGGGGUCAGUACUGGCAGGUGGCAGACGGCCCCUCGUCCUCCCUCACCAUCGACACAGACGACAUCCCGCUGGGCUCCUACACCAUGGACAUCGUUAUUUACCACUACCGCAGCAAGGAGAAGUUCAUCCCUCUGGGAUACGCCUCCAAUCAGUUCUCCAUCACCG